GAAAAAAUGAUGUCAACGUUGAAGAUAACGGCGGCUGCUGACGCAAAGCCAGAUUCUUCAGUGAGAAAUCCCAGUGACUUAUUCUCCGCGUUCGCACUUCCCAUUGACGCCCACCGUGACGAAAUCGUGAAUAGAAUUAUUGCAAACGAUGUCACGAUGAUUCGUGCCGACACGGGCAGUGGGAAAACGACCCGACUGCCGCUCUUUCUUCGUGCUUACCACCAGAGACGAGGCCUAUCCCCCGCACGCAUUCUCAUAACUCAGCCGCGCCGCGUUGCGACAAUCAAUGCCGCCAAGCGUAUGGCUCGGAGCUUAGGACAAAAGUUGGCUGGUGUGGCGGGGG